UGUUUGUGAAAUAUUUCAGCAGUCGAGUGAGACGCGCAGAUCAGUCUACAUUGUAAUUUUGAAGUGUCAAGAGCGGAGUGCCCAACACGCAAUGAUGAAAUUGUACGCUUGUGUAGCUGUAUUAGUUUUAUUACAAGUCGGGUAUGGAAGUGCUCGAUGUACCAACAGCAAACUUCCGGCUAAAGAGGACUUGAUAGUAAAGGACGGGAAGACUUAUUAUUUGAGUAGGAUCGAAGAUGACAGGGACGUGCAGUUGGAUUGGAGUUCAGCUCAGGCGUGGUGCAAAAAGCAUGGAAUGGAACUUGCUUCUUUAGAAACCAAAGACGAGCUACGUCAGUUGAGGGACCAGAUGGGCGCCUACUUCUGGACCAGUGGCUACAGGACCAAAGGAGACACGUGGAAGAACGCUGAAUUUCGGGAUGUGAUCACGGAUACGUUCACUUGGGCGGGCACUGGUAAAAAAGUGUCUCUGGAAAUCCGCAAGUCGUACUAUGCUGGCGAAUGUGUGGGCGCCAGCAAAGAUGGACUUUACGCUUGGCCUUGCUCAAAUUUGCGGUACUUUGUGUGUGAACUGGAAAACUGCUGAAAGACUAACUCACCUGUGCAGUUGAAUGUAUUCCCUUGGUCUAUUAAGCAGGUACAGUAGACGGUCAGCCAGUUUGUUUUUGCCAACACCUUGAUUGCCAACAAGCAGCAAAUGCUCGCCCAACUCAAAAUCUUGCAUGAGCCAUUCCAAAACCGCCAAGUGCUAGUUUUAAUUUUUAAAUAAAUAUAAUUAUUUUCCAAACUGA